UACGAAGAAAAGACACCGCACCUCCAAAAUUCAAGCAGUCUGCUUGGAUGCGUUACAAACCCGACGGUGGAAGUCUCAUAAACACAAAACAUCUUAUCCGAAAAAGGGACAAUACCAUCAAAAUGACUUUGCAAAACUCACCGUACAUCGGCCAGCAAAAAAUCGCGGUCGUUGUCGACCCAUAUUCAACUGGAUGCUGUGUGGCACAAGAGAUCCAGAAACGAGGGUAUCUCCUCAUUGCUGUCUGGACAAUCGGUUUCGCAGAAGAAAUGAAAACGCACGUYCCCAAAUCUUGUGGUCGGAUGGAUUAUUUCGCCGAGAUCGACGAAGCACAAACACUGAAACAAACAAAGGCUCGUAUAAACGAGGCUGCGCAAGGCCGUGAAAUAUUUUGUUGUUUUGCAGGAGGCGAAGCUGGUGUUGACGCCGCCGAUGCAUUGUCCGAAUAUCUUGGUCUGCGUACCAACGGAACAGGAAUCGCGAAUCGUCGUGACAAAUACGUGCAGCAAGAACUCAUCCGCAAGGUCGGACUUCGUGCAGUCCGCCAGGCAGGUGGUCCCAUUUUUUCCGACGUUGAGGCUUUCCUGACCACCGAAGCCUAUCCUGUCGUUCUCAAACCAACUGAAUCGGCGGGAUCUGAUGGUGUGAAACUCUGCUACACUUACGAAGAAGCGAAACAGCAUUUCGAGAAACUCAUGAGCAGUCAAAUGGUCAACGGAGGMGAAUGCCCCUCUGUGCUAUGCCAAGAAUUUCUGCAAGGUGAUGAAUACGUCGUCGACCAUGUAUCGAGGGAUGGUGUUCACAAAACCGUCAUGAUCUGGGUCUAUGACAAGAGAAAGGCGAAUGGUGGCGACUUUGUCUAUUUUGGCAUGAAACCAGUCGAUCCUACCACAGACGUUGCAAAGAUUCUAAUCAACUACACUCGUCGUACACUAGAUGUUUUGCAAAUCACAAAUGGGCCUACUCAUUCGGAAAUUAUGAUGACUUCAGAAGGACCAUGUCUUGUCGAAGUGAAUUGCCGUGCACAUGGAGGUAAGAAUAGGGCGUAUAUUUUUCAAAUCACAAUGCAAAGGAAAUUACUGUACCGCUCACGAUACAUKGAUGAUUUAUCAAAAAUUCUAUCCUACUUUUGUUUUGCUCUACAGGUGAUGCAUCGUGGACACCUUUGGCCCGUGCUUUGACCGGSGGUUAUUCACAAGUUGAAGUAUCCGCGGAUGCCUUUUGCGAUCCCGSUGCUUUCGACAAGAUUCCUGAAAGACCGGCGUACCCAUUUAAGGCGUCAGGUCAAGAGGUAAAGCUGGUUUCGUACUCAAAGGGAAAAGUGAAAUCUACACCAGGUUACGAGGUCUUGAAAAUGCUCCCGUCUUUYGUACAC